AUGAAAGGAACUGAUUACGAAAGAAAUACAACUGGAGAAUCUGGCUCUGAAGAACAAGAAGAAGAAUACUCUGUGGAGAAAAUUUUGGACAAACGGAUGAAGAACAACAAAGUGGAAUAUUACUUGAAAUGGAAAGGUUAUAACGACGAGGAUAACACUUGGGAGCCACUAGAAAAUCUUGAUUGUGAAGAGCUAAUCGCAGAAUUUGAAGAAAAAUUAAAACAUAGGCAUAGAGAUAGAAGAAAGUCUAAAGAACAAGUUGAACGUGGACGUAAACGUACAUUAUCUAAUUCAACUAAUAUGAGUUGUAGUUCGGCACGAUCAGCAUCUAAUGCUGGUACGUCUAGAGAUACAACUAGAAUAAAUCCACCUCCACCAAAAAGACUUAGAGGUCAUAAAGUUGACAAAGCAGCGGAAAAAAGUGAUGAUGAUGACGAUGAUGAUGAUGAAGAAACAGAAGACGAGAAUGAAGACGACGAGAAUGAAGACGACGAGAAUGAAGACGACGAGAAUGAAGACGAAGAGAAUGAAGACGACGAGAAUGAAGACGACGAGAACGAUGACGACGAGUAUGAAGACGAAGAAAAUGAAGAUGACGAUGGACGACCAAGUUAUAGAUUUUUCAAUAGACGUAUUACCCCAAUUAAUGUUAGCAGUGCCCGUUAUGCCAAUAGGCAGGCUGAAAAAAUUAUUGGCGCUACCGAUUCAAGUGGUCAAUUAAUGUUCUUAUUAAAAUGGAAAGAGAUAGAAGAAGCAGACCUCAUUUUAGCUAGAGAAGCUAACAAAUUAUUUCCACAAGUCGUUAUUCAAUUUUACGAAGAAAGACUUACCUGGAAUGCCCCUACAGAUGGAAGGAAUGGGAUUUAA